AUCUCACAUGACGUAGAUCCUCACGUGACCAAACGCUUACGUGAGCAGAAGUAGUUCUGGUCGUCGUCUACCGUCUCGCUAUAAGCCGUUUGAGGGAAGAAAGAGGAAAAUUAUCCGGUAUCGUUAGAGCUACACCGAAAUUACACUGAACCGAGCCUGCCAGCAAGAGCCCAACAGUCACCAUGAUGCUGAGCACAGAAGGCAGGGAGGGGUUCGUGGUGAAGGUCAGGGGCCUGCCCUGGUCCUGCUCAGCUGAUGAAGUGAUGCGCUUCUUCUCCGAUUGCAAAAUCCAAAAUGGCACAUCAGGUAUUCGUUUCAUCUACACCAGAGAAGGCAGACCAAGUGGUGAAGCAUUUGUCGAACUUGAGUCCGAAGAUGAAGUGAAAUUGGCUCUGAAGAAGGACAGAGAAACCAUGGGACACAGAUACGUUGAAGUGUUCAAGUCCAACAGUGUUGAAAUGGAUUGGGUGUUGAAGCAUACAGGUCCAAAUAGUCCUGAUACUGCCAAUGAUGGCUUCGUCCGGCUUAGAGGACUCCCAUUUGGCUGUAGCAAGGAAGAGAUUGUUCAGUUCUUUUCUGGGUUGGAAAUUGUGCCAAAUGGGAUGACACUGCCGGUGGACUUUCAGGGGCGGAGCACAGGGGAGGCCUUUGUGCAAUUUGCUUCACAGGAGAUAGCUGAAAAGGCCUUAAAGAAACACAAGGAAAGAAUAGGGCACAGGUACAUUGAAAUCUUCAAGAGUAGCCGAGCUGAAGUGCGAACCCACUACGAUCCCCCUCGAAAGCUCAUGGCUAUGCAGCGGCCGGGUCCCUAUGAUAGGCCAGGGGCUGGCAGGGGGUAUAAUAGCAUUGGCAGAGGGGCUGGGUUUGAAAGGAUGAGGCGGGGUGCCUAUGGUGGAGGGUAUGGAGGCUAUGAUGACUAUGGUGGCUAUAAUGAUGGGUAUGGCUUUGGGUCUGAUAGAUUUGGAAGAGACCUCAAUUACUGUUUUUCAGGAAUGUCUGAUCAUAGAUAUGGAGAUGGUGGGUCCAGUUUUCAGAGCACCACAGGGCACUGUGUACACAUGAGGGGAUUACCUUACAGAGCCACUGAGAAUGAUAUUUACAAUUUUUUCUCACCUCUUAACCCCAUGAGAGUACACAUUGAAAUUGGACCCGAUGGCAGAGUUACUGGUGAGGCAGAUGUUGAAUUUGCUACUCAUGAAGAUGCUGUGGCAGCUAUGGCAAAAGACAAAGCUAACAUGCAACACAGAUACGUGGAGCUCUUCUUGAAUUCUACUGCAGGCACAAGUGGGGGUGCUUAUGAUCACAGCUACGUAGAGCUCUUUUUGAAUUCUACAGCAGGGGCAAGUGGUGGUGCUUAUGGUAGCCAAAUGAUGGGAGGGAUGGGCAUAUCCAACCAGUCUAGUUACGGAGGUCCUGCUAGCCAGCAGCUGAGUGGUGGUUACGGAGGUGGUUAUGGUGGUCAGAGCAGUAUGAGUGGAUAUGACCAAGUUCUGCAGGAAAACUCCAGUGACUAUCAAUCAAACCUCGCUUAGAGAAGGAGUACUAAACAACAGCAACAAAUAACAGCCGUGCAUUUAUGGGAGUUGACUAGAAUGGGAAUGAUGUUAGGCAUAUCCAGUAUGAUUGGUAAAUGGGAAAUAUUGAUUCUGAUCACUCUUGGUCAGCUAGCUUCCUUUUCUUUUUCCGCCCUCCCUCCCUCUCUCCCUCUCUCUCCCUCCCUCCCUUUCUUUUUCUUUUUCUUUUUCUUUUUCUUUCUUUCUUUCUUUCUCUUUCUUUCUUCCUUUUGCUUUCUCCUUUUUUUUUUAAGAAAACAAACAAAAAUUAAGUUUAACGGUUUCGCAUUACAGGCUUGUGAUUCAUGCUUACUGUAAAGUGGAAGUCAAGAUUGUUUUAAAACUUCAAGCUCAGUAAUUUUGAACACUGAAACAUUCACCUAGGAUGUAAUAACAAAGUUCAGUAUUGACCAUAACUGUUAAAACAACUUUCAGCUUUCCUCAAGUUAGUUAUGUUGUAGGAGUGUACCUAAGCAGUAAACGUAUUUAGGUUAAAGCAAUUUCACUUAUGUUAAAUGUUGCUCUUAUACCACAAUACAUUGAAAACUUUGGAUGCAUGUUGAGAAACAUGCUUUUCUGUAAAACUCAAAUAUAGGAGCUGUGUCUACGAUUUAAAGUGAAAACAUUUGGCAUGUUUGUUAAUUCUAGCUUUUCGGUUUAAUAUCCUAUAAGGCACGUGAGUGUACACUUUUACUUUUUUUUUAAAAAAACGCUCUGGGACAAUUUUGAGAUGUAAUACCAAUACUUUAGGAGUUUGGUCAUGUCGUUUGUAUGAAGUUCUGAGGCUUUGGUUUAAAUCUUUCCUUGUAUUGUGAUUUCCAUUAGAUGUAUUGUACUAAGUGAAACUUGUUAAAU